UUAUUCGAAGAAAGCAUUCGUCGCGAACAGACCUAUAUUGAACAUUUGUUUUGUGAGCUUAAUAAUUUAAUUUAUUUGCAAAAUAUUUUUCGGUCUUAAGUGCAUCAUUUUUGCAUGUUUGAUUAGCGUCAUCUUAAAAUUCUAUAUUUUAUCAAACGUGGUAUUUGAGGAUUUUUAAUUCAGCAAAGUUAGUGAAAAUGAAAAAUUAAGUGAAAGAGAAAUUGAGACAGAAAGAAAAAAGUUCGCAAAAUGGAAUAUCUUCAAAAGAUACAUGAUAUUGAUGACUAAACUUUAAGAGACACAAAGAAAGACAAAAGAAAUUCAAAUUUGAAGCCACGUCGGACUCUGUAAUGGAGCCGUUGAUAAAACAAAAUAACAAAAACAAAUUAUUUGACAGUUCCAUACAUAAAACUAAAGCCGAGCCACUCAAUGGUAAUCAGCAGCAAGAAAACAACCAGCAAUAUUCUGUUUAUUAUUUAAAUUCAUAUCGGACACAUCAGCAACAAAAGAAAAUCGCUAAAGAGCAACAGGCACGCGAUAAACACGACAUCAAAAUAAAUUUCUCGGAUGUUGAACAUCAUCAGUUAUUUAGAAGCCAACAACUGUUAAUUUUAUGAUAAUUACUAAGCCUCGGCUUGAGUUUUUAAGUUGCUUCUACUUUAUUAUUAUCGCUCACUGUUUAUCAUCAAGACAAGCAAGGAAGCAUCAUUAGCAAGAGUAGUAAAGGUCCGAGAUAAAGUGAACUAUUCGCAAACAGAAAUUAUUGGCGAUAAGUCAAACCUUUACUUCAAUACAUACUUCAAUCAAAUCAAUUAGUAAGAAAGUGAACGCAAAACAUCUGACGACAAUUUCUCACGUACUUCAACAACACAGACCUACGAAGUUAACGUUCAGUUAAUAAAUUAUUUAUGAGUUGUCUCAAAAAAUAGUUUGCACUGAGGUUAAUUAGCAACAGCUUUUCAAGAAAUAAAAAAAAACUUAAAAUCAAGUGUUUGAAGAAUUGAUUCAUUGUGUGCUAAAUUGUUUGUGCUUUAAACAUAUUUUUCUUCCCUAAAACAAAAAGAAAUAUACAAAAACAGUUUUUUGAGACAUUAUAACGAAAUGGAGAGAAUAAGGCAGACGAGAAAAGUGGCACCGGAUGGAGGAUUCGGUUGGGUGGUGACAUUUGGAGUAAGCUUAGUCAAUUUGGCAACAAGAUCUAUCGAACCAUCAUUUGGUUUAUUGUUCGGUGAUUUACUUAAAGAUUUAGAUGUUGGCACGACUGGAGCUGCUGUUAUUAUAAGCACGCUCGAUAUAAUGAUGAAUCUUUCGGGGCUUUUUGUCGGUCCAUUACUCAAGGAAUUCUCAUAUCGCAAGGUAGCAAUUGUCGGGUCGUUGUUAUGCGCUGUUGGCCUUGCCUUAACAUCAACUGCUGGAAGCAUGGCUCAUAUAUUGACAACUUAUUCAGUAAUCAACGGUAUUGGCGUGGGACUUGCAAUGAGUGCCGCCUUUGUUGCCCUUAAUCAUUUCUUCGCAAAGAAGCGAGGUCAAGCUGUGGGCUUAUCGAUGGCUGGUACAGCAAUUGGGAUGUUGAUUAUGCCACAAUUGGUACGUUUUUUACUGGAAGAGUUUUCAUUUAGAGGAUCUGUGUUGGUUUUGGCUGGAUUAGCUUUGCAUUCAGCUGUUGGAUCGAUUUUACUGCAACCAGUAAAAUGGCAUUUAAAAGAUGAAGAAGUUGAUGUUGAAAUGUUUGAAGCAGAAAACCCAACUUUGGGGAUUAUCCAAGAAGAUGAUGGCGAUGAAGAUUCUCUUCCUGAAAUUCAAAGUCUUCUAUUCAAAGACCAUAAGCAUCGUGAAAGAAAAAUCUCUGAAACUAGCAAUGGAAGUUUACUGGCAGUUCCAAAUGGCAUUCCAAAACGACCAACAUUCCCUCGCAUAACAAGUUCACAUAGCAUGGGCCCAAAAAGAACUCCAACAUUACCCAAAAUUACAUCAACUGCUGAUAUGAAUCAAAUGCUUAGAAAGAGGAAGGAAUCAGUCAUUUCGUCAUUGUCACUUCUUGAUUUCAGUGGAAGUUGCUUACAAAUUCAUUUGGAGACUGGUGACAAAGAUCAGGAAGAAAUGGAAUCUCAUAUUCGACGUGUGAACACUCAUGUAGGCACGUCUAUCUUCCGUGACAAUCUCAACUCUUCUUUUAAAAUGAGUAAAUCUGACAUUAAUCAAAAGUUUUCCUGUCCCGACUUCAUUCAAACUGAUAUUGGUCUUGAAAUGCCCGAACCGAAAAAAGAAUCAUUUUGGAGACGAUUUGCAAACUUAAUGGAUAUUGGAUUACUAAAGGAUGGAACAUAUUUGAAUAUCCUGUUUGGAUUGUCUAUUUUCUAUGUCGCUGAAAUGAACUUUAAAAUGGUCACACCUUUCUUUCUUGCCAGUUUGGGCUAUACAAAAGGAGAAACUGCUUACUGUCUGAGUAUUUCAGCUCUCACUGACAUUUUAGCUCGAGUGAUUGUCCCACCAAUUUGCGAUAAAACAAAUGUAUCGAAAAGAAAAGUAUUCAUGGUCUCAUUACUUUUUGUUGCAUUAACUCGAUCGAUUGUUGCAGAGCAAUCUGAUUUAAAAGCUAUGUUGGCUUGGCUUUGUAUCGCUGGUUUCUUUCGUGGAAUUGCACUCAGUAACUUUACCCUUACUGUUAGUGAAUAUUCUUCACUUGAAAAGCUCCCUGCUGCCUUUGGAUGGCAUAUGGUUGGAAAAGCUAUUUUUGUCAUAAUUUUUGGACCCUUGAUUGGCGCUAUUCGUGAUCUGACUGGAUCAUUUCCCAUCUGCAUUCAUUCACAAAGUGUUUGUAUUUUAAUUUGUAUUUUCGCUUGGAUGAUUGAAUUCAUUAUUAAGUAUUUAAAACGAAAUGAGAAGCAACACGUCCCCAUCGCAAUAAUUUCAACAGAAUAAGAUUAAUUUUUACAAGUUUUCCUUUGAUUUCAAGAAUGGUCGAAAAUAAUGUUUUGCCCCUUAAAGUUAGACAAUUUCGCUUACUUGAACAUUUUCAUUAGAUAUUUGAAACUUCAACAGCUCUCAUAACUUAUGCAACCAUCCAUACAUAAACAUUGCUAUAGCAUUAAGAAAAAUGUUUUUAUGAUAAACAUGACCGAUCCUUAUCAUUUAUCUCUCUCUUUUAGAAAUUAUAUCCAGAUAUCUCUUACUUAGUGGUAAAAUUUAGUAGCCAAUGAAUUUUCCUUGUAUGUUUAGAACUUGACUUUGUUUUGGUAUGAUUUAAAUAGAGAUUCCUUAAAUUUAAAAUGAAAAAUUUUAUUAGACAACAGUAUUCGUGAAAUGUGUAGUUCUAAUAGUUUUUAAUUAAAUAAGAAUGUGUUUAAUAAUAACCUAAUAACUUUGAAAUCGUUAGACUGAUUAUUUGAGCACGUUGAAGAAGAGAUUUUUAAGCAAAAAUUCCUUCAAUAGUUCACACUUUGAUAGCCCUAAAGAAGGCCCUAACUUUCUGAAUAUAAUUAGAUAUCAACACAUGAACUUUAACAUAAUCGAAUUCGUGUCCAAAAUACCUAAAUAAAAUCUUAUAUAUGUAGAACCUAAAAUCAUCUAAAUUAAAUAUCAUCGUCUUCACCCAUUCGGACUAAUAUUCGAUCAUCUUUUAACAUAAAAUAACAAAAAAAUUAACAAGAAAAUAUUUUACCUGAUAGUGGAAAAUUUAUGUAGAUAUACUUGCAUACAUAUUGCUCUUAGGAAAACAAAGAAAAACUUGAAUUAAGUGGAUUUUUUUUUUUGUUUCGUAAAAAAGAAAUAUGGUGAAAUUACUUAACUGAUAGGGUGGCAAAUAAAAAGAAAGAAAUAAAGAUAUAACUACGAAUAAAAUGUUGAUUAACAUUCACACAGAAUUUCUUUAAAUCUUCUGUUUCUUCUCUGAAUUGUUUUCAUACCUGAUCUGUUUUAAUGAUCCCUUCUGAUUGAUUCAGUUUGGUGAUACUAAACGCAUAAAAAACACAUAAAAAUAUUCCCUUGAUUGCGUAACAUUUCCUUUCAUUAAGGUCGUUUACGGUGUGAAAAUGGAUGUUAAAUUCUUUCUUUUCCGGUAAGAAAAAAGAAACAAUCAAGCGAGACAAUAUUUAUUUAUGACUUCUUUCAGGAUUUCAUUAAUUAAACUCCACAACUUUUGUUUCAGGAAACUUAAAAUUAAAUAUUUUUAUUUUAAUUUAAACCAUCAAAGAAUUUUAAAUAAUUAAGAUUUAAUAAAUGAUCCUGAAAACCUCGCCAAGAUUAAGUUAUUAGAUUUGUUAAAAUAUAAUUUUGAGAGAAGAAAAAGAGUGCAGUAAGUACCUAAUUGAAAUAAAUUUUAACAAGAAAUUAUAAAGUUAAGUCUUUUGAGAGUUUUUUCGUUGGUGCUCUGUUGUCACUAAGUAAAAGUUUUCAAAUUCUCUGCUUUUUCAUUCCAUAACAUUAGUAACAUUGCGAGGUUCAAGCCAAAUUCUGAAUCCGUCAGCUCUCUUCAAAAUGAUAUCAGCUUGUAAUUUGAAAUCCUUUUCAGGAAC